ACAAACUACUUAAUAAACUUAUAUAUAUAACCACCACCACUUGUUUGGGUGUGUCAAUUAAAUCGCGUCCUCUGUUUUUACAAAAAAAAAUAAAAUAGAACACCUAAAAUUCAUUUUUAUAUAUUUCCCACAACCACAAGCAACAGACGCAAUUGUAGAGUGAGCUGGAUUAUUAUUAUUCCCUGGUGGUGGUGAGGCUUCGAAACCGAAGCUAAAAUCAAGAAGCAAUAAAGGUUAAGGUAAGGGCGUGAAGUGAAAUGAAAGAGGGCCUACCAGCAAUCGACUGACACCUCUCUCUACCGCUACAUCCUUAUCUUUUUUUUCCCUAAAUCUAUUCCUUCAUCUUCUAUCCUCCCCUUAUCCUUUCUUUUUUUUUUUUUUUUUUUUUAAAAAAAAUCUUCCAUUUAAUAUUAGCUCUUCUUGUUAUCUUUCUUUCCUCUUCCUUUGCAACUAGCUGCUAUCUUUAGGGUUGUUUUUCUCUUUUUAUCUUCUUCUUCUUCUUCUUUUUUUUUUUUUUUGAGAAACCCUCGAGUCGUCGGCGUGGUCAAAGGUAGUACCUUUUUAACGAUUGAAUCGGGGGCUUGUAUCUUAUUAUGGCUUUGGUAGCGGCUUUGCUUGAUAUUUUACAAAGACCAAGUAUGGGAGAGGUAAUAUUUGAGCUGUGUAUGUUUAUGGCUCCCGUCUGGAUUGCUGUUGUUGUUGGGGUGUUGGUUGGAUGGGCAUGGAAGCCCAAGUGGGCUAAUCUUGCCAUUGAUUCUCUACCUCCAACUCCAAUACAUUUCCCUUCUUCCUCUACCUCUGGGUUUCCUUCAAUUUCCACACUCAAAUUUCAAGUUCCCAGCAGCGUUUCUUGGAUCAAGGAAAGUCAAUCCUCGACCUCCAUACCAUGUUCUACCUCCAGCUCAUUGCAGCCGACGGAAGGAGAAAAAUCAGUAGUAACAGAUGCAGACCUUCUUUACCUAGACGGAUUGGUUGAAGAGCAAGAUGGAGGACCUGCUUGGAUUCAGAUGAUGGACCGUUCUACCCCUAAUAUGUCCUAUCAAGCUUGGCGUAGAGAUCCUCAGACUGGACCUCCGCAAUAUCGUAGCAGAACUGUAUAUGAGGAUGCCACUCCAGAAAUGUUGAGGGAUUUCUUCUGGGAUGAUGAAUUUCGAUUGAAAUGGGAUGACAUGCUUGUACAUGCUGAAACAUUGGAACAGUGUCCUACCACUGGAACCAUGGUGGUUCAGUGGGUGCGUAAGUUUCCCUUCUUUUGCAGUGAUAGAGAGUACAUUAUAGGCCGUCGAAUUUGGGAGUCAGGGCAGACUUACUAUUGCGUCACUAAGGGUGUACCAUGCUCCUCUGUGCCCCGUCGCAAUAAACCAAGGCGUGUUGAUCUGUACUAUUCAAGCUGGUGCAUUCGCGCAGCUGAAUCCAAGAGAGAUGGUCAGAUGACUGCCUGUGAAGUGUUGCUAUUUCAUUAUGAAGACAUGGGUAUACCUUGGGAAAUUGCAAAACUUGGGGUAAGGCAAGGUAUGUGGGGUGCUGUGGGGAAGAUUGACCUUGGUUUUCGUGCAUACCAGAAACAGAGAGCGUCUGGAGACCCAAUUUCACGAUGUGCAUUCAUGGCGCAAAUCAACACCAAAGUUGAUAUUGAGAAUCUCAGAUCAAUGGGGAACAGAACCAGUCCGUCUGUGAUUGAGCCUGAGGAUUCACCUGAGAAGCCUGCAGGGAGGAACAUAUCGAAGUUCUUAGUUGUUGGUGGGGCAAUUGCCCUUGCUUGUAGUCUUGAUCGUGGACUCCUUACAAAAGCGGUUAUAUUUGGAGUUGCUAGAAGGUUUGCAGGGAUUGGGAAAAGGUUGUGAAACUGCUCUAGUAUGUUUGAGGCAUUUUAUAUAAGCAUCAUUUGACCCAUAAGAGAGCAUACUUUGGCGGCAAGGUAGCCACCGCGAAGAGUUAGGCAACCUAGAUCCUCCACUGUGAAGAGCCGUGUGAGUUAUAUUCUGCUGUCUUCUGUCGAGCUGCAUGGCAGCCACUGUUCAGGAGAAUCCAGAUGAUACGAUACAUGUAUUCUUUGAAAUUCUGGUGUCACUGAAUAUCUCUUGCUUCAAAUAAAAAAGCAAAGCUGAUUCUUUUA